AUGUAUGGACUCUACGUUAAAUUCAUUCUAAAAUUAAAAAAAUCAAAGCUAAUGAUAGUAUUUGGAUCUGGAGGACAUACUACAGAGAUGCUUUUAAUGCUUAAAGGCUUGAAUUUCAAUAAAUACGAUUAGAUUACAUUCAUUAUUGGCCACUCUGACACUUGGUCAAUGAAUAAAAUUAGAGAUUUUUACUAGAAAUAUAGGAAUGUGAAUAUCGAAAAAGAUUUUUAAAACUUACGCAUUUUAAGGUUAUUCAGAAGUAGAGAGAUAAAGUAGAGUUAUAUUACGUCGAUUUUGACGAAUGGACCAGGUACCGCAGUUCCCCUUUGCUAUGCAAGAUGCUUGAUAUCUAAAUUGCUUAGAAUAAAUCCAGAGGCUAAGAUAGUAUUUGUUGAGAGUUUUUGUCGUGUCACCUCAUUAUCUUUAACUGGAAAACUACUCAAACCUAUCGCUGAUAAGUAAGAAAUUAUUCAACUCAACAUAUACUUAGAUUUAUUGUAUAAUGGAGACAGCUAAUGA